AUGCAGCCCUCUGACAGGGUCAUGAACCUGAGACAAGUCUUUGUGACUGUAUUGAUGUUUGGAGUAGCAGGUCUACUCCUCUUCAUGUACCUGCAGGCCUGGAUUGAAGAACAUCCUACAGCGUCUGGAGAAAAAUUACAACAGCAGAUAAUUAAUCAGGAUUCCAAGCUCCCGCACCCAGAGGAGCUUGCCACAGCACCAAAAAAUCAGAGUGCUGCUGCUAACCUCAACAAGCGACAGACAACUGUAAUCAUGGGCACACAUUCACAGGAGAAAGCCAGUCCUCUUGGUGAGAUAGCCAGCUCCUUGGUGAGCCGAUUAUCUGAACAGCAGAAGAUGACUAAAGCCUCUCUAAAACAACAAGUGAAUUUACCACCAGUGAUGCGCCCUUUAAAUAAAAGUUUAAUCAAAGAUGACAGAUGGAAAAACAUAGAUGAAGCUCAAGAGAAACGCAGAUAUUUUCUUUAUGACUUCUGUAAAAAAUACAGUAGUGAGAACCGGCUCAGAACCCAUCUAGUGCGUAUGGUAUCCAGAAUAUACGUGGAGGAUAGACACAAAAUCUUAUACUGUGAAGUGCCUAAAGCAGGCUGUUCCAACUGGAAAAGGAUUCUGAUGGUGCUCAAUGGACUUGCCUCUUCGGCAUACAGUAUUAGCCAUGAUGCCGUGCACUACGGAAAGCAUCUAAAGAAAUUGGACAGUUAUGACUUAAAAGGGAUACAGACACGUUUAAAUACCUACACCAAGACCAUAUUUGUACGUGACCCCAUGGAAAGAUUGGUGUCUGCAUUCAGGGAUAAAUUUGAACAUCCAAACAGCUACUACCACCCAGUGUUUGGAAAGGCAAUUAUUAAGAAAUAUAGACUUAAUGCACAUGAAGAGGCACUGAAAACCGGAUCAGGCGUGAAGUUCAAAGAAUUUGUACGGUAUUUGUUAGAUUCCCAGCGCCCAGUAGGAAUGGACAUACACUGGGAGCAGAUUAGUAGACUCUGCUAUCCCUGCCUCAUCAACUAUGAUUUCAUAGGAAAAUUCGAAACUCUAGAGGAAGAUGCCAAUUACUUUUUGCAAUUGAUAGGUGCUCCAGCAGAGCUGAAGUUUCCUAAUUUCAAAGACAGACAUUCCUCCGAUGAAAGAACAAAUAUGGAAGUAGUGAGACAAUACUUAAAGGAGCUGUCAGAUACAGAGAGACAGUUGACCUAUGAUUUUUAUUACUUGGAUUAUUUAAUGUUUAAUUAUACAAUGCCAAUUGUAUAG